UCUGAUGAAUCUCAUUCAUGCCAGAAAGUGAUUCCUUUAACAGUCUCAAAAAGCAUUUUCCAAUCAUUUGUUUUAUUUCCAAGAUAAUUACCCCUGUAUUUCAAGACUUUGGCUUUGUCACCUGUCUUUUUGUAUGGUUUUGUAAAAUGUUGUGUGGCACAGAAAUGAAAUGAGCACAGGUAUAUGCUAUUGUGGUCAAGGGGUCAUUUUUCUGCAGUCUCAUGACCAUGACUCCAGUUCGCUUUUUGUGUGACGCCCCCCAAAUCUAUGAAGUGUGUUUGCAUGUUCCACUCUGUGAGUGGCGGGGACGAGGAGGUGGGAAUGCGAGACUGGAAAGGCGAAGGACCUGUGCAGCUACCGAAUUGGACAAAUGGUUUACGGCUUCGUUUUCUUGUGUGAUCACUGCAGAUAAAUCUUGGAUAUGUCUAAUAGUUAACAAUAUCUUAUUUUUUUCCCCAUCUCCCUUUAUUUAUUCCAAUAUUCGUGGAAGACACCACGGACAAACCACUGGACACUGGGGCUCCGGUCAGCUCGCAUUGCAUUGGGUAUAAAGGUGGCAGAGAGGAUCAUGGGAAUAUAACAGCUGUCAGAGAGUUGGGAUUGGCUAACUGACAGCUGGACUGCUGUCACCGCUCUAACCUUGGCAUUGCCCUGCCAUCUCCCACCCCCACCCAGUAUGUCAGAUACCCUGGACAUGUCUGGCCCUUCCUCUCCAGAGCAGCAGAGAGCCAAUAGGAUCCUCAGUGAGCCUCUAAGACGAAGCCUGAAGCGCUCUCAUCCCUGCUCCUUCUCUGAGUAUCUCAACAACACUAACAGACUAUCCCACCGCCAUAGCUCCAGUAGUAUGGGUGUCAGGGGCCUCCUCCAUCCCACUGCAGCCCAGCACAGACCAACCCAGCCCAGGCAGACCAAGCCUCGCCGGGCCCACUCCUCCAACAUAGACCUCUGGGACUCCCCCAGUGGUCUUCACCUGGCACAUGCUGCAGAGCUGCUGAUGAGGGCUGGGGCCUUGACACUGACUCCCACACCCAGGGACCAGGGCCCUCCAGGCGGGCUGGGGGCCGGGGAAGCUGGGGUGGAAGGGGAGGAGAUGGAGGGUGGGUCCGGGGCUGAAGGGGACAGCACGGGUUGUGUGACAGACUUCCUCCCACUGCUUGGCUGCUCCUGGUUCCCCUUGAACCCAGGCCUGUUUGCUCUGAUGGCAGGGGGAGGGGGGUUCCUGACUAGUGGUGGAGGGUCAAUGGGGAUAGCUGGCAUUGGGGAGGGUGUGGAGGUGUUGCGAGGCGAGAGCUCGUCCCCUGGCGGCGGGGGGGGAGCUGGGAGAAGGAAGAGGAAGCGAUGCGGGGAGUGUGUGCCGUGUCGACGUACAGGGAACUGUGAAGAGUGCAGCGCCUGCCGCAACCGCAAGACUGGACACCAGAUCUGCAAGUACAGGAAGUGUGAGCAGCUGAAGAAGAAGGCAGCCACCGGGUUCGAGAAGAUGGUGUUUCCAUCAGGAGCAGCAUUUCCAUGGCUACAAUAGGAUUCCGUCUAUUUGGAAUGUGAUCAUGAACAUUGGCACUCUGGACCUACAAAGAAAGUCAAUUCAGCUGUUCUUGUUAGAUUGGCUUGGAGAGUACAGAACCUUCGACAAUCAGAAGUAUGAAGAUGAAAACCCAAUGAAGAAAAGAUAAGUCAUACCAAUGGAUUUAGAUAUUGUUGAGCAAACAUGAAGCACAGAGUAUUGUAUAUGAAUAGAAAAUGUUAUUCCUUUUUAUAUUCCAUUUUUGGAACAUUCUGUCAUCGAAGCUUCUGACCUGGACGUUUCCGUAUAAGCCAAACCAAGAAGGACAGACUGGUCAUAAUAUGAUGUUUAUGUUUGUUUUUCUAUUCAUGUCAUAGUUAAUAAAAUAAUGACUAGUAGAUGUACUUAGGUCAUGAUUAGUGUCCAGUUCUUACAUCUCUACGGUCUGCCUUCUGAAUAAAGACAAGGAAACUGCCUGUCUACAGUA